AUGGGUUCCUCCGACACCACCAACGGUGCUCCCGCCCUGCGCUACAUCCCCCUCACCUAUACCCCGGCCGACUCCCAGGCCUCCGCACUGCGCUUGAUCUUGACCCUCUUCCCCCACUGGGAAGGCCCUGGCAACAAGAUCGAGUUUGUGCGAUUCACCGAUGGCAUCACCAAUACUCUCCUGAAAAUUAUCAACCGCAAGGCUGGCCUGACGGAUGAGGAGAUAGACAACGAUGCGGUCCUGAUGCGCGCGUAUGGAAAUGGCACAGAGAUCCUUAUAGACCGUGAAAGAGAAACCACUUCCCAUGCCCUCCUUGCCAGCCGUGGCCUGGCUCCUCCCCUUCUCGCCCGCUUCAAGAACGGCCUCCUCUACCGCUUCAUUCGUGGCAAGCCCUGUGGCCACGAGGACUUGGUCACUCCUCCUAUCUUCCGAGGUGUAGCACGCAAGCUCGCACAAUGGCACGCAGUACUCCCCAACACCGGCGCUGGCUCGGCACCUACGAACGGAGUUGAGAAGCACGAUACCGAUUUGACACCUAUUCAACCCCGCCGGGCUGGUCCCUCUAUGUGGGCAGUCCUUCAGCGAUGGGUCCUCGCUCUGCCCGUGGCAACCCCCGAGCAGCAGGCCCGUCGCUUGACUCUGCAGAAGGAACUCGAAUGGGUGGUGGGCCAGCUGGAUGACGGUGUAGGCAUCGGUGAAGACGGCCUUGUUUUCGCUCACUGUGACCUCCUUUGCGCCAAUGUGAUCGUCCUGCCCGAUGAUGCGGGCGUGCAGACCGAGGACGGCAUUGCCCCGGUCAACUUCAUCGACUACGAGUACGCCGUUCCCGCCCCGGCGGCCUUUGACAUUGCCAACCACUUGGCCGAGUGGAUCGGCUACGAUUGCGACUACAAUAUGAUCCCCACCCAGUCGGUUCGCCGUCAAUUCCUCACCGAGUAUACUAAGAGUUACUGCGAGAAUCGCGGACUCGACGCUUCUUCGCAGGCCGAGAUCGUCGACCGUCUCUACCAGGACGUGGACCGGUUCCGUGGUAUCCCCGGAUUGUACUGGGGCGUGUGGGCUCUCAUCCAGGCCCAGAUCUCGCAGAUUGACUUUGAUUACGCCGACUAUGCGGAGCAGCGACUGGGCGAAUACUGGGCGUGGAAGCGUGAGGUCGAUGGCAGCCGUAAACAGGCUGGCGAGGAGAUGCCCCUCCGUGAGAAGCGCUGGGCGCAGGAGGCAUGA